AUGAAGGAAGAUCAGCCGGAAAAGAUACGUCAAGAUAAAGAAGGAAUAUGGAGAUAUGGGGACAGAAUUUGUGUACCUGCUCAAGAGGACUUGAGGAAGGAUAUUCUGACAGAAGCUCAUGAAAGCAAAUUUUCUAUGCACCCCGAAAAGAAUAAAAUGUACCAAGAUAUGAAAAAGAUGUUUUGGUGGCUGGGAAUGAAGAAAGAUAUAGCAACCUUAGAGAAACUCGCCCGAUUGUACAUUCAGGAGAUAAUACGAUUGCAUGGGAUACCCUCAUCAAUUGUAUCAGACAGAGAUCCAAUGUUUACUUCUAGAUCUUGGGGAGCCCUACAGAAAGCUUUUGGAACAAGAUUGCAUUUGAGUACAGCAUAUCACCCACAGACUGAUGGGCAGAUAGAACGAAUGAUUUGUACCUUGGAAGAUAUGUUGAGAUCUUGUGUGAUGGAUCAGCAGGGUAACUGGGACAAAUAUAUGCCGUUGAUUGAGUUUGCUUAUAAUAACAGUUAUCAACAAAGUAUUGGAAUAGCACCGUAUGAAGCCCUAUACGAAAGAAGGUGUCAAUCACCGUUAUGUUGGUAUGACAUGGAGGAAGGUAGGAUUUUGGGACCAGAGUUAGUACAAGAUACUACCGAACGGAUUAAGCACAUUAGAGAGAAGAUUCAAGCUGCUCAAAGUCGACAGAAGAGUUAUGCAGAUAUUAGACGUAGACCCUUAGAGUUUAACGAGGGUGACCAUAUUUUCUUAAGAGUGAUACCUAGGCGUAAAAGUGCUUCUAGAAGCUUGUUUUUGGUGAAACUUUGGGCAGCAGCAAAGGAGUACGUGGUAGACCUUUUCAGUACCCUAUCAGUACUCCCUACUUUGAUCCGGACGCACCCUAAGAUUUCCCUCUCUUGGUUACAUCCUAGCAGACCUGGGAUACCUCAUCCAGAGGAGCAGAUGCCACCUCCACCUGACUAUCCUCCUCCACCUGAGCCCCCUUUGCCUGAUGAGCCUAUACUUGCACACCCUAUUCAUGAGGCCCCUCAUGCACCUUUUAUACUUGAUGAGUGGGGUGUCCCCAUGUUGCCACCCGAGCUUGAUCCUUUACCUGAGCCGAUUGAGCCACCUGCUUUUGAUGAGCAGCAGGAGCACGCGUAUGAUCAGAUUAUGGAGUUGCCACCCCCUUCUUCUGACUGCAUUUUGUUUGGUAGCCAUCCUUUUAUGGUUCCUAUAGCCAGUAGCAGUUCCUCCGCUAUUGCUCCAGCAGCUGAAGAGGACGAAGAAGAAGAAGAUCCGGAGGAAGAUCCUGACAUCAUAGUUAUCUCUUCUGACAGUGAUGAGCCAGGUGAGGCGCCGGCAGAUGGUCAUCACCACCCGCCCGGUGGUCUUCCGUGA